AUGGAGGUCCGAAAAGGGAGGUUGUGUGAGCUCGACAAAUGGUGUACGCCUCCUAGGGGAAUGAUUAAACUCAACACGGAUGCUUACCUCGGGGAAGAAGGAUGGAUUGGAUUGGGUAUUGUAGCUCGUGAUUGUCAAGGGAAAGUAUGCUUUUCGGCUGUGCGUCGUACCAGGGCCUGCUGGCCCGCGGCUAUUGCGGAGUGCAAAGCAAUUUACAUGGCAGCUAGGAUGGCUAAGGCUCAUGGUCUCGCAAAUAUUAUUAUUGAGUCCGAUUCUCAGGUGGUGACUAAUAGGCUGACAAAUGAGACCCUCUAUUUUGCAGAUUUGGAUAACAUUCUAGGAGAUGUUCUUUCUUUAUGUAAUGUUUUUGAAUCAGUUAAAUUUCUUCAUGUCAAGAGAGAUGGGAAUGUUGUUGCCCAUCAUCUCGCUAGAGUAGUGCCUUUUGGAGUUGAACAAUGUUGGGAGAACCAUUGUCCUCGUGAAGUGGCUCCGUAUGUUUUGAUGGACACUUUGUCCUUGGAUUAA